AUGAUGAAAUACAAAGAUUUUAUGCAUAUUGAUUAUGAUCUUCAUCUAUUGUGCUCAUCUAACUAUGUUAAACUUCAAGAACUUAAAAAUCCUUCAUUAAAUCGUUUUUUACCAACCGAUUUUCGAACUCUUGCACCACAAUUAUUUCAUUCUUUUACGAAUUUAUGUAAAGUAUCAAAUGAUUAUAUCAAGAAAAGUCUUAUUUUAUUUAAUGCAUCAUCAUUUGUCAUAAAAGAAAGUUUCUCUCAAGAAACAUUUAAUCUGAAAAUAAAUACGUACAAAGAUACAUUCAUAUCAACAACAACUCGUUCAUUUGCUCGUAAUCUUGCGAUUAUUCUUAAUAUCACAUGGAGUAAUGAAAUUGUCAGUAGUAGACGUACAAAUUUCCUUUUUCAUCUCGUUGCUACAAAUUCAUUAUUUCAAUUACAAUUUUCUCCACUUAGUUAUUCAAAACCUGAAAAUAUGCAUAAUUUAUGUAUCUGUUCACUUUCAAUGAGAUGUUUCGAUCCAAUGUCGAUCUAUUUGAACAAUAAUACUCAUUUUAAUAAAUUGUUUGAAAUACCUGGUUUCUAUACGGGCUGUUUACAAACUGAAAGUAUUCGUCAUUCUACUCUUAUUUGUUUAUUUAAUCAAUCAUGUGUUGAUCUAAUAUCAUUCUGGCUUAAUAUAUUCACCUUGGAAACUCUUGAUAUUCAUAAUCUUUAUCAUUUCAGUGUUAAUUCUACUAUUGAAAGUAUUCAAAAUGAAAUGUUUGUUGAUCGAUGGAAAGUUUAUUCAUCUCAUCGUGCUUUCUACGAACAAUGUCGACCUAAUUAUUGUUCAUAUACAUUAAUUGAAUAUAAAUCUAUUUGGCUCAUUAUAACAAUUAUGUUGGAACUUAUCGGUGGCUUCAUGAAAAUCAUGAAAUUAAUUCUUCCUCAUUUUGUUCAUUAUAUAUUUCUAUUAAAUUUUUGCUUUUGUCAUAAAAAAAGUCGAACUCUGGUACUGACAAUUUCUUUUCCAAAAUUUUCUAUUCGAUUAAUUCUUCGUCGAUUUUCUCAAUUAAAUUUAUUUUCAUCUAACAGUUCAAACCAAAAUAAUGAACGUGAAAGUCACGAUCAACUGCUUGCUAUUCGUAUAUUUCUUAUAGUUUUUAUUGUUUCAAUUAUUAUUCUUACAACUUAUUCAUCUCAAGUACAACUUACUAAAACUGUAAUAAUUAGCAAUCCUUCGAUUGAGCAAUAUUUUUCAUUAUAUAAAAUUCAUUCUGAAACAAUAUCAUGUCCAUGUGAAAAUAUUGCUAUUCAAAGAAAAACAUUUAUUAGUCUUCAGGCAACAUUUCAUCAAGUAUGUCAAAGUUCAUCAAUAUUUGGUACAAUUUUAUCAUUAUGUCAAUUAUCAUUUAUGACGGUUAACGACGGACUUAUUGAUUUUAAUGCAGCAUCGUUUGUUAGUGUAAAAGUUAUUUCAGAAAAAGAACUUCUUAUGCAAAGUGAAUCUUUAAUUGAUGUAUUCAUAUCGACAAGUGAAAACAUAUUCAUAAAUACAUUACAACUUGUUCGAGAUACAACAUAUGCAAAUUCUCUAUUAUCAGGAUUUGACACUUCAACAACCGUUGAACUUUUUCCAAUUAAUGAGACACUCAUCAAAGUCAGACUCUUACCACGCCAAUAUAAUCUAUCAACAUCUUGUACCUGUUACAAUGAUCCAACAUGUAUUGAACCAGCAGGUAUCUACAGCAAUGAAUCGAUAAUGUCGUUAAUAUAUGAAAUUCCAGGCAUAUAUGUCGCUUGUUAUAUGGUCGAAGCAACUCUAAAAUCAAAUCUCGCUUUUUUAUAUAAUCAAAGUGAAAUUGAUAAAUUUCGUGAAAUUAUUUAA